AAAAAUUUGCUUUUUCUUUCAAAAACAAGGACAUUUCCAAGGGGCCCAAACUUUUGAACGGUAGUGUAUGUAUAACCUCUGUUGGGAUAUAAUUAUUUGUGUAGCCUACUAAUCUUAUUUUUCCCCACUGGCCCAAACAUUGCUUUUUGGUCUUAUUUACCAUUGUAUUGUACAUUGCCAGAUUUGUGCACUAAAAGCUGUCUGUAAUAAAUGCUGUAUAUAAAGUGUGUGUGUGGUGAAUAUACAGUUUGUAGUAUUCAUGUGCAGGUUUGAGUUAUGACCUGAGUUUGUUUUAACAGUGUGGUAAUGGCCAUACUUCAGUGGUCAAUAUGUGUAUAUCUAAUGGAUGACAGGCAAUGUGAAGAAGUAGCCAACUCUGUCAGGAGAAGCAUCUACUGUAUAAAUUAAUGAAUUUGCCAGUUGGAAACCCAUCCCUUACUGGAUUAAUUGACACAAACAAACAGUAUUGUAAUUCAGUGAUAAUUCUUUCAGCGUACAGUCUGCACCGCAUAAAGACAAAUCAAUACAUAAUAGUAAUAAGGUUAUCCAAGCAAUAAUAACCCUAGAAGUAAAAAUACAGAUACAACCAGAGAAAUGAAUCUGAAGGGUGUUUGAACCCGGUCUGGCACAAAGAUAAGAUUCAAGUGUGAGACAGGCCAACACAAAAUCUAUAUACACAUGCCCUUUGCUCUAUAUCUGGAAUAUUUUUUAGAAUUGAAUAACUGAAUGUACUCGCCUCAUUCAGUUCAGACCAUAUCAUCAACCAGCCUGUAUGUGUAAACACUGCACAGAGAUGGGUAUCCUAUAAUGGCAUAAUGCUAUCUGGCUCACUAGACUGAGGUCGUUGGAGUGAUAAAAUAUGAUUAUACUUGACCAAAGAUCAUCCUGUCAAACGUUUUUGCGCUGCCUGAUUGGCUAUGGCCCGGAUCAAUAUGGGGUGUGUCUUGUCCUGCAAGUUUACAGAGCACUGAAAUGCAAGCUGUGCUUCAUCCACACAGGAGGGUCCAGAGGCUUUACAAGUAUUGGAUGGUUCUUUCUAUUUGUGAACAAAGGGAAAUACAUUUUUUGUCGGCCUUCCAGAAGUUUGUUUCAGAUGACCACACAACCAAGGACCUCUAAAAAUGAACCAGAUCAUGUCAAGACGGGAAGGGACCAGAGUCCUUUUCUGGAGGGAGACGUGUCUCGGCCUACAAAUUCUGGGGUGAUGAGCAGCAACAAGGUUGUGGUGAGUGGAGUGCGGAGGCUGAGCACCAUCUCAGAGCACGAACCAGACAAGGUAGAUACUGACCUCAGCUCUCAGGAUCCCAUGGGAGGCCGGGAGUGGGGCGGAUCCAGUUUCUCACUGUGUUCCAACAAGCACAUCAACAACAGUAGCGACCGCUUCUCCUCCUUCGAAUCCCAUCAGCCUGACGCCGGGGAUGAUUGUGCUGCCAUUCUGCUGGCCUGCCUUUACUGCCGGUUCUAUGACAUCGUAGUCAUGGUGCCAGACACAUGUGAGAGAGCUGUAAGCCGCUGUUUCCCCUCGUUCAAAUACCUCAACGCGUCCAGGGAGCAGGAGCGGGGCAGUGGCUGGUGCAACUGCAACGUAGAACUGGACUGCAGCUGCUGCGACUCCUGUCAAGAGGGAGCCGAGUUACUGGAACUCGCCAUGGAGAUCUCUGAAGUCUGCUACCGAUGAAAAGAUCCCCUCAAUCAAAUUACUCCUUUUGAUAUGAAGGCCUAAAAGGACUAAAAAUACACCUUGUCAAUGUUUGUUCUAUCAAAAUAUCAGUAACUAGAGUUGUCCCAUUUCUUAGUUUCAGAGGGAACAUGAAUAUGUUUACAAAGAUGGACAGUAUGGCUAAAGAGAGUGUUAACUGAGGUGUAGAGUGCUUAAUAAUGAUCCCCCUAUUGAGCCCCAUUAAAUAUUAACCACCAAAACGCUCCAUUCCGCAAACGCUUCAGUUCUGUAACCAUGAACAGAAAUAAACAGAU